AUGGCAGCCAUUACAAAAGAAACACUACCUCCUGUAGGCCAUGCAGCUGCUGGCUCUGCUGGUGCCAUGUUUGCAUCCACACUUGUGUACCCUCUUGACAUUAUCAAGACCAGAAUCCAAGUGCAAACAAAGAGCGAGAAAUCAGACGACAGCAGCGAAGAGCAUUAUGCAUCUGCAUGGGAUGGUAUUACACAGAUUGUGAAAAAGGAAGGUAUUUCGGGCCUUUACGCUGGUCUCGGUUCAUCCUUGAUCGGAACUGCAUCCACCAACUUUACAUACUUUUACUGCUACUCUUUAAUAAGAGAAAAUUACAACAAGAGAUACAAUCCUCGUGGCGGCACCUUAUCUACUGCAUUGGAGCUUGUGCUUGGUGCAGCAGCUGGAGCACUCACAACAUUGAUCACCACACCUGUGUCUGUCAUCACGACUCGUCAACAAACUUUACCACCAAAUGAGAGAGAGGGUGUUAUUGCAACUUGCAAGUCUAUCAUUGCAGAGGAAGGUAUUCAAGGCUUGUGGAGAGGUAUCCAGCCCUCUCUCAUUCUCUGUGUGAAUCCUGCCAUUACCUAUGGUAGUUUUGAAAAGAUCAAGCAAAUUGUUCUCAAGGUAUUGCAAUUGCAACUUACUCCUGGUGUCAAUUUCCUUGUGGGCGCUCUUUCAAAGACUUUGGCUACCAUCAUCACCUAUCCUUAUAUCAUGGCCAAGGUGCGUCUCCAGUGGAGACCUUCCAAGGACAUGAAGGAUAAGGUUGUGGCCUACAAGGGAUCUGUGGAUGUGCUUGCUCGUGUGCUCAAGACAGAUGGCUUCUUUGGGUGGUACAAGGGUAUGAGCACACAAAUCACCAAGGCAGUUUUACAGCAAGCUCUAUUAUUCAUGAUGAAGGACAUCUUUACCAACUACACUGUCUUGGCUUUUGCCCUUAUCAAAGCAUCUCAAAAUGCCAAGUCAGCAUGA